AUGAAAAACCUCUCGAGAGGCUUACAAGGUCGGGAUAACGUCGCGUUACAAGCAAAAGAGAAGGCUGUAGAACAGAAGCUGUUCGUUCAGUUGAAAAUGGAUGGACCCACAUUAACAAAUACGAAUAAGAGUAGGCAGAAAAAAACAACAAAAUCUCAAAUGAACGUGCUUACUGUUUAUUUAUUUCAAAACAGCCGAGUCAGCUUAAAG